AAAACGAUGGAAAAUACACCUGAAGGUAAGAAAUUUACAGCUUAACAGGAAAGAAAACAACAUGUUGAGACGUUUAUAACCUCCCCGACAACAGCAGGAGACAUCAGAAAACACACUGGUGCAUUUACAGCAUGUGUAUUUUACAGUCGAGGAAGGUAAACAAAAGCUAAAGUUUGCACCAAUCACAAGCCGCGAGACAAACACGCCGUGAUGUCACAGAGCAUCUGAUUGGCUGAGAGAGGAAACACAGACGGAGGGCUGGCUGUGAUGUGUGCUGCACAUCCCUUGGAAAGUUUGCGAGUUUUUAAAUGAGUCUUUCAGCGACAGGCUCGCCGCAAAAUGCUGCUGCACUCGAGAUAUUUGGAUUAUUUGUCGCUUGAGCCGAAGUGAGCUGGAUGAAAGCGAAACCUGGAAGCGUCGCGGUUCCCUGGCAGGAGAAGAAGAAGAAGAAGAGCAGCCAGGUGAAAGUGGAGAGAAAGUUGUCUGCAAGUAUGCUGGGGAAUGGUGGAGUUUACGCAACCAAGAGGAGGAAGAAGCCCGCUCAAAAACAAGUAAAGCCUCCUCCUGUGAAGACCAAUCCGUCCAAACGCCAUCGGGAUCGUCUGAAUGUAGAGCUGGAGCGUCUGACCAGCCUGCUGCCCUUCGCCGAGGAGGUCAGAGGUCGCCUGGACAAACUGUCAGUGCUCCGGCUCAGUGUGGGAUACCUGAAGGUUAAGAGUUACUUCCAUGCGGCGCUCCAGAGGAACGCGAGGUCAGCAGCUCCUCACGUCUCUUCAAACGGCAGCAGAAACGGACAGUCCGUGUCGCUGGACGGAGUUGGUUUCUCAGAGGGAGACCUUCUUCUUCAGGCGCUGAACGGUUUCGUGUUGGUCGUGACGACUGACGGCAUGAUCUUCUACACGUCCUCGACGAUCCAGGACUUCCUGGGAUACCAGCAGUCCGACGUCGUCCAUCAGAGCGUGUAUGACCUCGUUCACAUGGACGACAGAGAGAUGUUCAAAUGUCAGCUUCACUUUGCCCUCAACCCCAGUGAGACCAACUCAGACAGGAGAGCAGAAGAUAUGCAGUCUGGCAUUAAAGCCGCCAGCAGCUCUGAGAGUCUCUUGCCUCAGUACAUCCCUCCAGAGAACUCCUCUUUCCUGGAGAGAAGUUUCUGCUGCCGCCUUCGCUGCCUCCUGGACAACACCUCUGGAUUCAUGGCUCUAAACUUCAGCGGGCGUCUGAAGUAUCUGCAUUUGCAGGAGAAUCCAGGAGCUGAUGGGACCGUGGCUCCUCCACAGCUGGCUCUGUUCACCAUCGCCACUCCUGUGCAGCCGCCGUCAGUCAUGGAGAUCCGAACCAAGACCCUCAUCUUCCAGACUAAACACAGAAUGGACUUUGCUCCCAUGGGCAUAGACACCAGAGGGAAGCUGGUUUUGGGUUAUUCAGAGAUGGAGUUGGUCACAACAGGAUCUGGCUACCAGUUCAUCCACGCUGCUGACAUGAUGUACUGCGCUGACAACCACCUCAGGAUGAUUAAAACCGGAGACAGCGGCUUCACCUUCUUCAGGCUUCUGACCAAAACGGGACACUGGUUGUGGGUUCAGGCCUCCGCCAGGAUCGUCUUCAAGGGAGGGAGACCAGACUUCAUCAUCGCUCGCCAGAAAGCCCUCACAAAUGAGGAAGGAGAGGAACACCUGCGCCAGAGGAGACAGCAGCUCCCCUUCAACCUCACUACAGGUGAAGGUGUCCUCUAUGACUUCUCUCUGGAUGCCUUCUCCAUCCCCGGUCCUCCUGGUCCCAGUUCUCUGGACACCACGGAGCCCACAACGGAGAGACCUCUGGACCCCACCUCUCUCCUGGGAUCGCUACGCCGGCAGGACCACUCUCUUUACACCCAGCCGCAGACAACCAGCCCCCAGCUGCCCAUCUUCUCCCAAACAGACGACCCUGAUUUCGACCAGCAGCUCUUUGAACAAGCCUUCCUGGACAGCCAUGCUCUGCUGAGCGUGCCGGGCCAGCUCCAGGCUUCGCAGAAGAGGUCCAGCAUGGGCGACCUCACGUCACAAGCCAUGAUCGACUCGCUGGAGGAGAUCUUGGGAGAUAUGGGGGAUGGAGGGAUAGAGGGCCUUGAGGUGGAGGAGACGGAGCAGAGGGACUGGGAGAACACCCUCGCCAGGAUGAACAAAGAAAGAGAAGAUGCCUCGAGGGAACUGAAUCACAUCCUGGCCAACGACGUGUUCUCGUACGUGGAGGAGGCUCUGAGGAGAGAGACAGGUGGGUAUGUGCAGGGUUCGGAUCAGAACGGGCCUCACGUCGCCGAAACUCAGAUUCAAGUGCAGCAUCCUGCGUCUGCAUUUUCAAACCACGAGCAUCAGAGGCAGAAAACGACGGACAGGAAAUCUAACGGGAGCGGAUUCACGCAGCAGACUCAUUCAGCUGGACUGAAAGGUGUUUCUGAACGGGCGGCGCCUGCACAGUGUCGUAACACACAGCAGGGACUCACCUCUCCGCUGUGGCCUCCAAACAGCAGCGGCGCUCACCACCGUGGCACCCAAAUGACUUCUACACAAUCCUGCCGCUCUGCUCAUUCACAGCCUGAAGCGACAGAUCAGUCAUGGCCGCCGUUUACACAAAACUCCCACUACCAGAGUGCACAAUAUACGCUAAACCACACAGCAGCUUCACAGCAGACUCACGUGGAUCCGCAGUCUUCUGGUGUGGCCACGUGGCAACAACAGCAGCAGCAGCAGCAGCAGCUGCCGCAAGGUUUUCACCAUCACACACUCACACAUUCCUCACACACGCCAGGCGGUGUGAACUCAGCAGCUCAGUCCUUCCAGCGCAGCCCGCAAACGCAGCGAUUAUCCGGCAGCUGCAUGUAUGAAAAAAGAGACGGUCACAUACCGAACCCCGCUACUGUCCCUCCUCCCCGACGAAACGGUCCUCUCCUGGGACCCGCAGGCUCCAGAGGAUGCGCACAUGUCACAGGGCCAAACACAAACUCUCCCUUCAUCGGAGGCAUCUGGCCCGCCGCUCCUAACCAGGGCGGCGUGAUGCAGUCCUCCGGUCCCAAAACUCACAUGGCAGCCUGCACAGAUGUGGGCAACAUCAGUCUGGGUCAUCUGAGCGGAGACGACUCAAAUUAUCCUCCUGAGAAUGGGUCGAUACAGUCGUCGUUCUUCUGUUGGAGCGGUGAAGCUCAGAUCCCCAAAGUUCCCCUGAAUGGCGUUAUCGACCCGUUCGUCUUCCCUUCCCUUCCUACUGGGAGCAUCAACCUUUCCCAAAACGCCGGCCCGUAGCCGCGCUCGGAUUCUGGACUGACUGAAGCACUUCUGAGAUUAUUCCUCCAGAUCUGCCUCCACACAAACAAUAUCCAAGGAUCAUUAUAUUUUAUACAUGUAGUGUCUGCUGUGGCUCACAGAGAAUUAUUAACCUUCUCAUUUCAAACCAAAAAAAAAAAAGUCUUUACAGUCUUUUGCUGAUAACGCAGGUUUAAAUCUUCAAAUAUUUAUCAAGCAACCUUUUCCAAUAAUUAGCUUAAAACACAUUUACAUAUAUAUGCUGCAAGUAACCGACGAUGUUGAAGUAUGCUGUCGGCAGAACGGAGGAAGCUGGAAACAACAGGAUUUAUUGCACGUAGAGAAAUCUUGACUUCAGUUCUCCUGUAUCACAUAAACUGUGAGGAAUAAAUUAAAUGUACAACUACUCUUCAUUUAGAAACAUUUCAUAUCAGUUUAACUCUUCCUGUGAAUCUGUGAAACACUUUCUCAACUUCUUACAAGUAUCUCUGCUUCUUUUAAUAUCCAUUUAUAUCCAGUUUAUGUGCAGUUUAUAUCAGUGUGUUCUUUGAGCGGCAUUUAGAGGAUACAUCUAGAGCUGCAACUAACGAUUGUUUUCAUUAUCGAUUAAUUGAUUAGUCGUUUGGUCUAUAAAAUGAC